GAGAGGGAAAACAGGGUGAUGUGUGUGCUGUGAAUUCAAAGCUGGGUGGGUCUACGCUGUUUCACAUUCCCAAAAUCGCCGUGCGUCAAAGCACUUUCAGUUUACAAAAGGCCACGAUGUUGAUGCUGGCUGGAAUCGUUGUUCUGCACAUCACCACCAUCAUCCUGCUCCUGGUGGCCGUCAUUGAUAACGCCUGGUGGAUCACUGAUACAGUGUCAACUGACUUGUGGGGCAGAUGGGAGUUGACGAAUAGCGCCUGGCAUUACACCAACCUGAAAAACUACCCUGAGGAAUAUCUCCAGACGGUGCAGGCCACCACAGUGCUGGCCUGUAUUUUCACCAUUCUGGCCUUGUUUGUGUUUGUGGCUCAGCUGUUCACCCUGCCCAAGGGCCAGAGGUUCACCUUCACUGGCAUUUUACAGCUAGUCGCCUGCCUGUGUAUAAUGAUAGCGGCCUCAGUCUACACGGCCGAGUUCCACGCCAAUGAGACGAAGGGAGGGUACGGACACUCCUAUGUCCUGGCCUGGAUCUCUUUUGUCCUCGCCUUCAUCUUAACCAUCACCUACCUCAUCCUAAGGAAGAAGAGCGAGUGAGAGGAUAAAGGGGCCGAGGACCGAGGUCAGGCCUGGGAUCAUGAUCCCGGUUUGAAUUUGGGAAAUUAAAAGAAUGGGAUUUGCGUCAUAAAUUGGAGGGGGGGGGGGAAACAAAACAUUAAGAUUGAUGAUCUACAUCUGCAGCUAGGAAAACGGGGGAGGAUAAUGUCCGAUUGCUUAAAAGAGCCAUUUGUUUAUAUUUUGAAUAUUAUAAAUUGAAAUGGAGCUCAUGCUUAUAUUACAUGAAGGGCUGAACUUGACAAUUUUACUUCAUAGAUUUCUAUUUGAUUAAAGGGAGAGGGCAGUGUGGGCUAAAACAUGAUGGUUGUGAUGAGGAGGGGGCAACCUUUUAAAAGUGCUUAUUUCAUAGCAGUGUAUCCAUAAAAUAAUGAAUAAAUCAAUGGUCUUUUAAAAUGUAGUUACAUAUACAAUUGGAGAAUAGUCCAUAUCCAUUAGUACUGUAAAGGAGUAGUUUGAAAUAUACAAGCUUUCUUGCAGAGAGGGUUGAUGCCAGCAUUAUAUCUGUGUUAAGUAUAAAGCUACUGCCAGCAGAGGGAUAGCUUAGCAUAAAAACUGGAAACUGCUAGCUAAAAAGCAAAUUGUAAAAAUGACAAAUUGUGGUUUCUGGGGGCGAUGAGCUGCAGUGUUUGUUGGCCACGCAUCGACCAAAACCAACGAGAAGAAAGUUGAGCUUUAGAAGUGCUGGUUAGCGUAGUUUUGACAGCCAUGCUAGCUGUUUACCAGUCAUUGUGCUAAGCUAAGCUAAGCUAACCUACUGCUGCAGAUAGCUUCAUGUUUACCAAACAGAAAUGAGAGUGGUAUAAUCCUUCUCAUCCAACUCUGCAAGAAGGAAAGAGAAAUACUUCCACAUGUCCAACUACUCCUUUAAGAAUCGAACUAAGUUGACCAUGUGGGAGGAGAAAAGCCCUUCAGAGAUUUAGUAGUUGAAAAUACUCUGAGAUGAAAGUGCUUAUCAUCCUGUAUAAUCACGUGGUGAGGCUGACAGUUACUACUGCAGGUUUCCAGAGUGGAAGAAUAUACUGCAUCUGUGAAGGUACAGCAUGUUGGCAAAGCUACAACAGUCCUGUUGUAGUACUUGAACAAUCAGGAAAGACCAGCCUCAAUAUACAGCACAAGUAGUUUUAAUCAUGUAUCCUCGUUUUACAACUGAAGUAUAGUGUAUCCUUUUUUUAAUCUAUGUACAUUGUAACCAUUAUAUUUUUGUAACAUUUUGUAUGGAGUGUUGUUUGAUUUUGUGUGUGUAGUUGGCUGCUAUCAUAAGAAAAGUGCAUGCAAUGUGUACAGGUGAACUUUAAGUGAACCAGGAUGGAGGUCAAUGUUUAAUUUCGCCAUAAUUCAAAACUAUGCAAUAGGUUUUGUUUGUAAUUACAUUGGAAUUCAAGCUAUAUCAUUUAAUAAUAAAACAAAUCAUACCAAAA